CUGGAAGCUUGCUUGGUUCCGUUUUCUCUUCGAAACCAAGCGAUGGCCGACACGAUUCGAGCCCCGCUUGGCACCGCCAAGCCGCGCACAUCGGCACGGAAGACCGGCCUGAGCUCCAACGAGAUGCUACGGGAACCCACCACAGCAGCGGGGUAUGAAGAAGAUGACGCGCGAGCCAGAAAGCAGCCGGUCGAGCCGGUUACACAGGCACAAGCGAUGAACUCGUUGGCCACCUUGGAAGACUUUGAAGACAAGGAGGCGAUCCAAGCAACGCUGGGAGUGGUGAACCGCCGUCAGGAGGAGUGGCAGCGACAACUUCAGUCUGUAGAUGAGAAGCAGGCAGAACUUGCUCAUAUCCAAUGGAAGUUGGUCCGGGACCAAUCCUCCUCGCUGGCCAAAGAGCUAGCCAUUGUUCAAACCCAGCUAAAGGACUUAAAAGCAGAGUCACGGAGAGCUCUGUUGGAAUGUGAACGUGCCUUCAGAGAGAACGAAGCCAAGCUCAAUGAGGAGCGUGGCUUGCGCUUGGCCAUGUUUGAAAGCCUUGAGCUUCGGAUGAAGAAGGUCAGGGCUGAUGUGGAUGUGGAGGCUCAAGAAAGAGCAGCUGCUCAUGCAGAGGUGACCCAGAAGCUCAAGGCUUUGAGUGAAGAGCAGAGUGUGAGGCUGCGGGAACAACAAGCUCAAGACUUGCAACUGCGACGAUUGAGAGAGGACCUCAAGGUGGCACUGGAGGACCUGGAUGGCCUCAAGCAGACCCUGUGUCAAGAAAUGACUGAGCGACGUGAGGGUGAGGAAACCCUCAGUGAACUUCUCAGAGAAGUCCGAGAAACUGUCCUCAAGGAGACGCAAAAUCGGACAGCUUCAGAGGAGGCCAUCAAGGAAAGCUUCCAACUGGCGCUGGACCAGGAGAAGGCUGACAGGGUGGCGGACUGCAAUUCCCUACGCUCCAUGGUGAACUCUGUUCAGAAGGAGCUGGGUGGCCUCAAGGAGUCUGUAUCUCAUCAUCGUUCAAAACUCAACGAGGCUGAUCACUCCUUGAACGCCAUGAGUGCACGCUUCAAGGAGCUCCAGCACCAUAUUGACGAUGAGCUUCAGAAGCGGACGGACUCGGUUCAGAAACUGGACACAACCGUAAAAGAGCUUGGCACUGCCUUGGAGGCAGAGGUGGCUACAAGACAAAGCUUGGCUGAGGAGGUGGACCAAGUACUGAAAUCCAUGAAGUCAAAGGUGAAAAGCCUGGUCUGCGAGCAAGGUGAAAUUUCCAGGCAAGCCAUGGAAAGUGCAAGAAAGCAGCUACAAGAGCAGCUGGACAGGGAAAGCAAAGCUCGGGAGGCCGUGCAAGGGAAGCUCCAAUCUGCCUUUGAAGACCAGCGCCUUAUGCUGUUGGAGAGCAACGAUCGGACCGAGACCCUUGUGCGGGAGAUGGAACAAAGGUUUCAGGAACAACUGUCCAUGGAACUGAAGGACUUGGAGGCCUCGCAGUUCAGAUUCUCUGAGGAAACACUUCGCCAGCUCCGAGAUCUGAGGGAGUCUAUGACCGAACGUUUGGCAGAGGAACGCCAGGCACGUGAGGUGCAAACACAGAGCUUGGAGGAUCAUGUGGACUUCCUGGAGGGUUUCUUGCAGGAUGCCCGUGAGCUUUUCCUGCAACGCGGCGCCAGACAGAGGCGAUCCAAAAUGUCAGGGUCUCCACGGCUUGAUGCCAACCUCACAGAGGUCACGCCACGGAGGUUGGUAGAUGCACGAGGUGGCAUCAGUGGAUUUGUGAAUGACUAAGUUCCAGGUUCACAUUGCUUCGGCUCUGAGCGCACUGAGCCGAGAUUGAAUCUGAUAGCCCAAGCAGAGGUGUACUUGAAACACGC